AUGAUUGAUUCACCAGAUUUAUGCAUUUGCAUAAUUCGUAAUUUGAUUUGGUAUAGUCACACCACUUAUUAUACGGGGAUUAAUUUGGGGAUAGCUGUUAAAUAUAAAGAUAAUCCACCAAGUGGUUGGAAAUUUAAAUAUUAUAUACCAACUAUUUUAUUACCUGGCGAGAAUCCAAACAACAUCAAAGAGAUUAAAUGUCAUUCGAAUAUAAUUAUCGGCUAUAGAUUCAAUAUCAACAAAGAGAGAAAUAAUGAUGAGAAGGGGAAACAAGUUUUUAAAAAUAAUUCAACUAACGAUUAUACCAAUAAUCCACAAGACAUUGAAUUAUUGUAUAUCAAUAUGUCAAGAGAUGCAUUAUUAAGUCGUCACCGAUAUUUAUGGACGCUUUGUAGAACUUGUAAAUUAUGGAAUGAAAUAAUUCCUUUAGUUAUUAGUGGGUGUGCUUUUAAAAGAUUUAAUUAUUUCAAAGAUUUGGAAUUCGAGUCGUCACCGAUAUUUAUGGACGCUUUGAUUAAUUUGGGGAUAGCUGUUAAAUAUAAAGAUAAUCCACCAAGUGGUUGGAAAUUUAAAUAUUAUAUACCAACUAUUUUAUUACCUGGCGAGAAUCCAAACAACAUCAAAGAGAUUAAAUGUCAUUCGAAUAUAAUUAUCGGCUAUAGAUUCAAUAUCAACAAAGAGAGAAAUAAUGAUGAGAAGGGGAAACAAGUUUUUAAAAAUAAUUCAACUAACGAUUAUACCAAUAAUCCACAAGACAUUGAAUUAUUGUAUAUCAAUAUGUCAAGAGAUGCAUUAUUAAGGUAUAUGGAUAAUAUGGAUAACCUUAAUUACUUGAUUUCUGCCACUGGAAUUAAUUAG